AUGCAUUUGUCACUGGACAGCAUGAAUAUGGUGGACGAAGGCUGCCUGUCACCCAGCAACUUCCAGGAGAUGGUUAAGGGAGGUGGGAUGGCUAUGGGGACGCGAGUCCACAGCAUCGAUGUCAUCCUUGGCUUCAGCAAAGACCAGGAACCCUUGCUUAACGCAGGUGACCACGCGGUGCCAGUUAAGGUUGGAGGAGUGGAGGGUAUGGGGGAUCCCAGGAAGCAGCAGGACCAAACCCACCCUUAUGGUCACCUCCCCAGCCUGAGGGACAAGCCUGAGCAGCCCUCUUACCAUGAACCAGAAAUGUACUCGCACAGCAAGUGCGAGAGGGGAGGCAUGGAGAGGGGCAUCAGUAGCAUUCACAAGGAUGUGGAUGUGGAGGCCAAGUCCCCCGACGUGGGAGACGAGGACCAGCCCAAGAAGAAGCACCGCCGCAACCGCACCACCUUCACCACCUACCAGCUGCACGAGCUGGAGCGUGCCUUCGAGAAGUCCCACUACCCCGACGUCUACAGCCGCGAAGAGCUGGCCAUGAAGGUUAACCUGCCCGAAGUCAGAGUGCAGGUCUGGUUCCAGAACCGCCGGGCCAAAUGGAGGCGUCAGGAGAAGAUGGACGCCAGCAGUAUGAAGCUACACGACUCCCCGGUGCUCUCCUUCAACCGGCCGCCUAUGCACCACACCAACAUGGGGCCCGUCACCAACUCCUUGCCCCUGGACCCUUGGCUGACGUCCCCUCUGACCAGCGCCACGCCCGUGCACAGCAUCCCGGGCACACCCGUUCAUCACAGCAUCCCAGGCUUCAUGGGCUCCACGCAGGCCCUUCAACCGGCCCACCACGGAUAUACUACGGGCCACCACGGCUUUCUGAAUAACCCCCAGGCCAUGGGCCAGGGGAUGCAGACCACCAUGGCCCCUCCACCAUACCAAUGCCCUUCGGCAGCCUUCGCCGACAAGUACCCGCUGGAAGACGUGGAGCAGAGGCACUCCAGUAUUGCGGCCCUGCGGAUGAAAGCCAAGGAACACAUCCAGCACAUGGACAAAACCUGGCAACCUAUGUGA